AUGACAUUGCCCAAUGGAAUCCCUGCCUUUGUCUGCCGCCCAACCAACAUUCAGAUUCAGCAGUAUCAAGCUGGUUUUUUGAGUUCUGGCGUUCGGCACAAGAAGCGCUGUGGGACCCCAUCACGUCUCCCGCACUUGGAUCCAUUGGUCCUUGAUGGCUGGUUGAGAGCGAUCGACCGCUUAGGCCGUCAAACAAAGCACACAUGGCAAUCCGGCGCCAAAGGAGAUCUCGCCCAGAUAUGCACUUGUCUAAUUCCUGAUGGCCUGACCUGCUUCGUUUAUGGACUCGAAGUGUUUUAUCUCGCGCUCUGCUAUAAUCAGGAGCACCGCGCCAUUGGCCCUAUUCUGGGAGCAUCGGCAUCGAUUGCCAAUUUUGCAAAGUUCGAAUACACCAUUCCAGCUUCAUUCUCAGCCUUCAAACCCGAUAAUGCCGGCUGCACCGUUCCUGCCAACCCGUCCGAUUUUUAUGAAGAUGCACGGAGCUCUUCCAGCUGCAAAUCGCGGAUAAAAUAUCUACACACAAAUAUCAGAAACUCCAAGUGUCCAUUACCCUUAAAAGCCAAGCAUCAGGGAGGUCAAAAUGCUUUCAUGAGACAUAAAAAAUCUAUCCGUCUACCAAAGGCCAGUGGCUUUCGUCAGCACGUCUGUUGUUUGCGCGUUGAUGACGUAGUCGACCGCACGACGAGUGAUGAGGUGGCCGGCUUCAUGAAGUCUGGUGUUUAA